AUGGACGCUAGACGCGUAGAAAUUGUUUCCGCGGACGAGCUUAGUGAAAGUGACACAUUGCAAAACAUGUCCGACAGUCAAAUGAAUAUUGAACUUAAUAGGGAGGAUGUUCAAGACAUAAUUUUACCGGAUCGAUUAAGACAACAACCCCUAUAUUUAAACAGAUAUACAGGCGAAUGGAGAGUGAGUACUACGCGACAAAACGUGACAUUGACAACGUCAACUUCAGAACCAAACAUCAAUCAGGCACGAAAAAAUGACGAAACUAAGACACAGGACUCUGACAUGCUCAACCAGAUCCUGAAGUUACUUGGUGACCAAAACAAAAAAUUUGACACUUUAGACAAAAGAUUUUACACUAAAUUCGAUGAACUGACACGGGACAUAAAACAAAAUUUUGAAAAACAAUCGAGACAAAUUGCCGACUUGACAGAAACCACCAGUAGUCUUGGAAGGAAAUUUACUGAUUUAUCAGACAAGGUUACGAGACAAGAAAAGGUAUUUGUGGAAUUCAGUGACGAGACAAAAACUGACUUACAACGAUGUAAUGAGAAAUUGUUAACAGUAGUUUUUGAACAACAGAAAACCAGUACCCAAGUUGACGAAUUACGACAGUCACACAAUUCCGUAAAAACAAACCAAGAACACUUAGACCUGACGAUUACAGACCUUUCAGACAGAUUAAAUGAUGUAACAUUGGAGCAGAAAUCCUUACAGGAAAAGUUAGAAAAGCUUGAAGACAGAGCAGAUGUAGCAUCUUUAAAGAAUGACACAACUCUAGCAGAAAAACUUGUACAUGAAUGCAAAUUAUGUGAUGAUUAUUUAGAUGAGAAGUUUGAGACAAUGACACAGAUCAUUUUAGAUAAGACAAAGGAACAAGUAAAGGGAGAAACAGAUAAUAUUCAGAAAGAGGUACGUAAACUUAAAGAGAAUGUAAUACCAGGUUCGUCAGUGAUACCAAAACCCACAACAGACAACCAAAACAUAAAUGAGAAUCAUAAUAAUGCUAGACCCAGCACACAGCCGAAAAUAGAAAUACCAAUGAGUGACACAAAUCCCAAUGAACCAUUUUCAAUGCUACCACAAGAUCAAAAUUACUAUCAGACAUCACCACAUACUAUGCACAGAGUGUCCGAGGACAACAUAAAGAAUUUUUUCAGUUAUGUUGAUGAGAUAGAUGUUGUUUACAGAGAUGAGAUCAGGAAUUUCAAUCAAUUGUAUCCAAUCCAUCCAAGCAAUUCGCGUACGCACAACAGAAAUGACAGAGGCUAUUGGAAUCCGCCUCCGACACCACAACAAAACACUCAAAGAAACAAUUCGCACUACACUGGGACAAAUCCAUUCAAUAUUAGGAGAAACAACUCGCAGCAUUGGCAAGGAAACAGUAAUUAUUACUAUAAUGGUUAUCCGAACAGUAAUUACAAUCAGAACAAUAACAGUUAUAUUCAAAAUAACAACAGAAGAACGAACCGAAAUUAUAGAGAUCAAAGAAGAGACGAUAACAGGUACCAUCCAGGAUAUUUUCAGAGAAGCAACAUCCAACAACACCCAAACAUGUAUUGCAGGAAUAACAGUAAUGACAAUACCAGUUACAGUCAUGGGCGAAAUAAUGUAUGUGGAAAUCACAAUGGACAACCGCCACGACACAGGCAAUACAGCAACCCUCAAUUUGUACCUAACGGAACUCCCAAUGCGACGCGGGGUAAUGUCAACAACCAAACAGCUGAUACUUGGGUGACGCGCGACAGAAAUGUAAAUAUUAUUGAGUUGGGCAAUGAACCCAACCCGCAGCAACAACCGAAUUUGCCGGAAAACGAACGACGACCAAGCUAA